GAACUCAGGAGGGCGGCUACACCAAUUCGACAAACUUCUCUGUUUCGAGUUUUUUUCAAGAAGGGUCUGCGGAACGCGGCAACUCACUGGCGACGUCGCGCGUGAAAGAUGCGAGUCUCGAAAACGUAACGUCUACUCCUGUUAACGGUACAGGAAGCAGCGAUGCGAGUCUACAAAACGUAACCUCUACUCCAACUCCUGUUAACGGUACAGCUACUACAAGCAACAGCACGAGUAACGCGUCGUCGUCAAAUAACAUGAAUGCGACAAAUGCAACGAACAGCACACCUUCUUCAAACGCUACAAAUUCAACGAAUAGCUCAACGAGUAGCAGCUCAAGCGAACAAGACGCAACGACUCCACCACCUGAUGAAGUCGACGAGAUGUUGCACCUUUUAUUGUGGAAGCCGAGCGACGUUGAGCGAGCACACCUGGCAGCACAUAAACGCGUGAUCUUCCUCAAACACAAUCGCAAAGUGAUUAUUACGGGAACGGCUAUUUAACGUAGAAUAAACAUAAAGUUCAUUAGCAUUUUUACUUUGAACUUGAAGCGCAUUUCCAAGAUGAACCUCACUCGUGGCAUACUUGACUUCUUAUGCUUAUCCUUUCACCGUAUAACUGAGGGAGAAAGCAGGUCGUGAUGCCAACAGAUGCUAGGUGAAUGAAGACAUGAGAAGCGCUACUGUAGUCCUAACUACUGUGUUCUGAUCUUAGUGGCUGAUGUGGUAGUUGAUGUUCUGUUCUGACUCUUACUGUCGCUGUCCUGACUCUGACUGUAGUGGAUGUGGUAGUUGAUGUUCUGUUCUUACUCUUACUGUGCUGACUGCGCUGGAGGCAGUGGCAGUUGUUCUCUAAUCCUAAUGGCGGCCGCCUGGGAACCACCACGUCUACAUCAACUACAACGACGAUAAGCACGACGACGACCACAGUCUCAACGACAACCGUGACCCCAGAGUGGGGCGACUUAGCUGGACACAAAAGUGACGAGGCGGUGCCGAUUACUAUCUCGGUAAGGCUCCCGGAAUGGGAAACGGCGCCGCUUGUUGAACGCCCAGUGCCACUCGCGGAAGCCCUCAUCUCUGCCAUGAACGUUUAUGCUGAGGCAGUGAGGAAAGUUCAAGAGCAUACGAAAGAAGAGCAGGCGCCGAGCUCCUUUGCUUCGAUCAUGCAUGACGUCGAUGGGCCAACGUGGUCCUCCUCUUUGACUGCAACUACUAGUUUUCAUGACGACCGCAGCAGCAAGCGUGCCACCAGAGGAAGUCGAAGAAGAGGCAGAGGAAGGAGGUUGAUGCAGGAAGAAGAGGAAGAAGAGUCCUCCAGUUCUGAUGAUAGAAGUGCAGGAAGUAGAAGAGAAGCUGACAAACUGAUGCGCCGCGCAGACGCAGAAAAACAGCACAGGUGGCAGAGAGACGAGGUGGGCCCAGAAGAGUGGCAGAGUGCGCUUGAAAGAAGAACAAGACGGAGACGGAGCCUCGCCAGAAGGCGCAAUACUACUUCCUCGUCGCAAACCAUUAUCGUUCCAGCUGCUGGAAAAGUUGUGGCAAUGACGGAGGAGUCCGCAGCGGCCUCGUCAAAUGUAACUGAUGAAAACGUCGAUGCCGACAGUGAACAAGCGACGACGGAAGGGCCCUCAAGCUCAACAACGGUUAGUAUGUCCAAGCUAAACCCGGUUCAACUUCCAAAGCAUUACAAUAAGUACAUGCGGCUCAGUUUUAGGAUCAAGUCGGGCGCGACUGCAAGUGCGCUCGUUUCUGCAGACGGGACACAGCUCACGAGUGCUGCGCGGGAUCUUCUACAGUCGGAAAAAGUGCGGGAGUUUUUAGAGAAAAGAGUGAGCGCAGCCGAAUUUCUUUCCAGUAGAAACUCGACAUUCGGCACAAGUCUGAAAAGCGCGGAGGAACUGAUUACUUCCCUAGCCGCAGACAUCAACGUAGAACCUGGCUCCUCAUCUUUUGUGCCAACGAUGGAGGAAGCUAGUGGUGAGCUUGGCGCCAUAGCAGCUAUAGACUCAGAUGCAAGCUCAGCGAGUGCGAGCUCACUUUUACAAGUUGAUCUACUUCAACAAGAACACGCAGGAGGAGCAACAGAAAAGAGUAGAAGAAGAAAGCGAGAGCAGGCGUCAUCUUCUACAACUAGAGAAGCUCUGCUAGUAGAACAAACAUCAAGCAACAUGGCUUCCUCAGCGUCUAGAAGUUAAGGGUUCUCCGAAUUACAUCUCUCACUACCAUACUUGGCUCCUUUACCUUUCCAAGGGGAAAAUAGGCCAAGGAUGUUCUGAAGAAUGCAACUCGGCAACCUCUAAGGAAGAGCUGAAAGCGCUUCGUCCUCCAGAGCUGAAGCGGGUUCGAGAACAAGAAGUCGCAAUAUUAAUGGAGAAGAGAAGGUUUUCUCCACUGACUAUUUUCCCUUCGUGUCUGGUCUCUACUGGCUUUUUGUUCUGGGGUUUCAGUCGAUUACAGUCGGGGGCGAGAUGGGAGGCAGCUUCGUCCUACAGUUACGAAUGAUUUUUUUUACGCCUUCUAUACUCGGGACGGGUUCUUGUGAUGUCGUCGUAGUUGUUUACCCUUAGUGCUCUCUAGUUAUUUUUUCCAAAAACUUUAAUGAUCAGUUUCAAGAGAAAGUAAAUCUGUCAGACAGAGCAGGAGCAAACUCGUCGCCCAAAUCCAAAAGGCAUGUCCAAAUCCUUCAGUAUCUGUAUCUACAACUCUGUUUUUUUUUGGAAUUUUCUAAACAAUGAGGUACCGACUACGUGCCCUGACAAGCUGGUGAACUUGGAAGCGAUCGCUCACAAUCGCAGGUGUCUUCUUGAUUGCGUCUUUCUUUUCCUCUUCUGUGGGCAGAUGGCUCUUGCAAGUUAAGAAAGAGCUCGGUCAUGAUCACAUUCAGACUCUGUCUCAACGCAAAAAAAAAAAAAAUACGGGUGCUACGGACACCAGCACUAUCAGGGGCAUACACAUGACAUGGGUUUUCGAUUUACUUCCAUGCGUUUUUGCAUUUCUUCACCUUCAAGGACAUGGUGAUGGUUCUUGUCCGUUAUUUUUCAGCAUUUAGGUAUGAGUAUGUGAAUGCUGCUGUUACUACUACUGUUCGUGUCAGAAGAGAUGUCUCUUGAGCUUCAUCAUAUUCUUGCAUCGCUCAAAGAGCCAAGUUUUUUGCGUUAUUCCCUAGCAGAGCCAGAGUCUGCUACUAACUAGGAGAAAGAAGAGCAGCUCCUUCUAACGUUCCCAUAUCUUCCGGUAUGCAGCGAAAUACUACUGGUACAAGAAGCCUGAUUGGCGGCCGUAUUUGUGUUAUAUUUUAUGUUCAUGUGCAUGUUGAUGUGCUUUUUUCCAUUUAUCAGAGGACGCAGACCAUUUCGAGGCUACGCUUUAUUUAAUCUAUAAAGGAAUACGCUCAAAAAUAAUUACGCUCAACAAGUAGGGGAAGAACAAAGAAAGUCUAGCCGUGAACGUGAUGGUCUGUCAACUAGUUGUCCCUGGAGGAUGAAAAAGUAGCAUCCUCUUCCAUAUCCUUUUCCGUACGCGACAGCGACUCUGCGUGCUGAAGAUGAGGAGUUUGAGCAGCGUGUGAAUGAGGAGAUGCAUAUCUUCGAGUUGUCGCUGGACCAUAAGUACAGCCACUUACAAACGCAGGCUAGUGCAGAAACACUGGAUGAGGAGGAAUGGGCUGAAGAGGAGUGGACGAUGUACGAAGAAGACGAAGUGCCAGAUGGUGUCAGCCUUAUGGCUCCUGUUGUAUUGUGGAUAUUUUGACUUUGCUGAGCUAUGACGUGGUCUCCUUCGCCUUCUGGCGAUGGACAGAUCAUAAGGAAAAGCUGCUCCACCUCCAGUAUUCUUGUAUCUCUUGCACCACAACUUGCACCACCUCUUGCUAGGCACAUUCAUUCAUUCACUCGCUCACUCAUUCAUAUCUCAAAAGUAAGAGGACUCAAAAGAAUUUAUUAUAAAUGUAUCAAGAAACUCGCUCGUCCUCCUCCUCCUGCGCGUCUAAGCCUAAGGCAAUAGAAAAGCGAGCGAAGAAAGGAAAAAAUAAGUCUACGUCGAAGUUCAAUGCCGCGUCCACGACAGCUUCCACGAAAAACGGGACUGCAUCAAGUGGAAACCUGCCGAGUGCAGGUUUCAACGGAGGGUCAGCCUUAUUUUCUGGCUCAAAAACAACUACGGGGGCAGAAGGUAGCACCACAGCUGCGGGAGGAGGAUCAGCAGUACCGGGAGGACUAGGCGGGAAUAGCUUUUUCUCUUCAAAGAUUGCAAAAUCAGCAAGCGCAAACCAGGAUGAGAAGGAAGAACGAAUGAGUAGCGCAGUCGUGGGCGGCGCUAACGCCAACCCGUCAGGCUUUUUUAAUUCAGGCUUCAACAAUUCAGCCCUGAAUAGGUCUGGAGCUCCGUGACGAAGCGCGUGUUUGACUCCUUUUAAUCUGUAAAAAUGCUAACGCUAAGGAAUGGGUUCUCCUGCAGACGAAUUCAAGUUGGGUAUGGGCUAUAUUUAGCGUUGGCUUACUACUACUAGGAGGGUUCGUUUUUUUUUUUGGGUUUGUUAAGCCCAAGUCUGUGUGACUGAGUGCUCGUUUUUUUUUCUGUGGCUGGGUCGGGUCUACUUGGCCAUCUGCUCCUGUAGUUUAAUUUAGAACCUCUAACUACCGUGUAGCUAAAAAUAUUCCAUUGUAUGGCACCCCGGUGGCUGCUCAUUAACGCUUUUAGAUCAAAAGCAAAACGUAUACUAGAAUGAAAUUUCGUGUCACCAUUCGUUGCUAGGACAAGAUGACUACCAGAGACGACUAACUGACUGAUUUUCAUACUCGUAAGUUUGUUCUUCUUUAUUAAGUUUCUCGGAUACGCUUGUUCAUUUUCAACUUCUUAUUUACUUCAUCAAUGCCGUUUUUAUUCAAACGACAGACGGAGACGCUGACCCACUUCCUUGAAACACGCAGCACUGAAACUGAUCUCUUCAAAAUUAACUUUUUUUCCUAUAUACGACUAAAACUAAUAGCGAAAUAGAAAACAUCAUUGGCUCAAUGUGAGUUAGAAUCUAGAUAAGCAACAGCAAAGACACCUGAUACCUACGGUAGGUAGUUUUUCUUUUUCAUGUUUUUGACUUCCUUAGUCCACACUACUGGGGUCGCUACCGAACCAGGCAGCCUUGAGUUGCUACGUGGUUCGAGUGAAUGAAUAUGUGAAUAAUUAUACAUAGAUGCGGCCACUCAUUUCUACUGGUAUGGAAUUUCAUCUUUGCUUCAAAUAUUAUACUUACUUUUUUCAUGUAAAAAGAAGUUCUUCCUCGAUUGAAGAGGCGCACACUGCUCUGACGAGUAUUUGAUCUUCUCUUUCGAUUAUUGGCUUUCGUGUUAAAGAUCCGAACGUUUAUGUGAUUUUCUAAAUCUUUCUCUGUUCAGCUUCAAGUUCAAGAUAUGUAUCUCGAAUCCUGAAGAAAUAAAGGUGCUGGAAAAAGCAUCAUGAAUUUUCAAAAACCCUCAUGUGUAAAUGCAAAGAAAUUCAUGAUGUGAUUUUCCUGUAUACCAUAGUACUAGAUGGUGCUAAAAGCGUUGACGAGUAAGUCAAAGUGCUGUACCUCUCGCAGCCGUGGACGACAU